CACGACCUCCACUCCAACAACGACCAACAAAAGUCAAUAGGUGUCCCCCGAGGACCUUCUACUUAUUUGAUUCGUUCACCGUUCUCCACCUACUCGUCAUCAUCAUCGUCGUCAAAAUCCAUUUUUAUUUCUUCAUAUUUGUUUCUCAAAAUCGUCGUCUUCCUAUUUUCCCGCCCUCCGUCCACCUGCAAUUAUAGUGCUGGUGGUUCUACAUAAUGGACGAUUCGACGAUUCGACGACGUCCACCCGUCAACUUUUCGAUGAGUCUUCGGCUCAUCAUCAUCAUCGUCAUCAUGCUCUCCGCGUCGCAGGUUCCCGUUUCCGCGACACGAAAACCCGUUAUGUGUCUGCAAUGUGGUGGGGAAAAGUAUGAGGGAAGUGUUAGGCUGUCACGCGACGAGUGCUGUAAAGCUACCCCAAUCAUGUGCCUUCAAGGACAGGUUUGUCUACGAGCACUCGUCUAUUCUCCGUAUGGUAAUUUCUUCCUAUCUGGAUGUCAUCCCGAAGAAGAUCAUUUGAGUGGGUGUGAUUUCCAUUCACUUCCACAUAAUUCAUCAGUUCAUCGAUGUGUAUGCAAAGAUGGUGAAUGCCAAAAUGAUUUCCCUGGUGACUGUCCGAUUAAUGGAAUUACUGAUAUUACUAAGCCUACAAUCACAAGCACAACAUCGCCACCUUCAUCAACACCUCCAUCACUGAUAUCCAGAAAUCGAACGAGAAGUAACAAUAGCUCUCCUCGAAAUCGUCAUCAUCACAAUCACAGUAUGACAAGUAGCCAUGUAUUUACCCUAUCAACAUUCAUUUCCACAUGGGUCGUCGCGAUUACAGUUCUUUGAUCUCUUUUCUUAUUUUAUCACUUUCAUAUUUUCAUUAUUAUAUUGUUUCCCUGAUCUAUCUAUCUAGUCACCACUACAACCGACAAAAUGAUGAUAAAUAAUACCGUUCUUCUUUUUUUUUUUUGUCAUCCUCCCCCCAUUUUUGCUUUUCUUUUCACAUUUCAUCUCAUUGUUUUUUUGUUCAAUCUGUCCUUUAGCUGUGCUAUGUUUAAGAAUCAGCAAUUCUACAAAAUGAGCCAGUUUGAAUUCUCUGAAAAUAACUUUUUUCAGUUGGAACAAUUGAAAAAGUGCUCGAGAUUGGAAAGUUUGAGGACUUUUUCAAUUGUUCCAACUAAAUUCGGCUCAUUUUCUAGAAUUUCUGGUCGGAAAAUCUCCAAUCAGAAAUCACACCGUCCAUAGUUUGAUUUUUUCGGUAGUGAAUGCUCUUACCAAUUUCCCCUUAUCACCACCCUCCUCCCAUCACACAACGAGACUCUGAUUGUUUCACAAAAUGAUUACUUGUGUUUUUGUGACGCACUUUUUCAACUUUUUCAUUUAGAUUUUUUUUUCUCCCGUUUCCAUGAAUACGUGUAUGUCCCGACGCUUUAAUGUAUUUUAAUUUUAAUAUUUUAUUAUGAAAAAUGGUUUUUUUUGCAA